GUGAAAGCAAAAUCUGUUCGGCUUAUCCUGGUAUUUGGCCUUUUUUCACUUUUUCGCCGUGUUUUCCAACAUUUGCACGGUUACCGGAAGUUAUGCGGGAGGUCUGGGAAGUGGGAAAAGUUGAAAAAAGUUGGGGUGUUUUGAAUCCUUACACUGUUUUAAUAGCAGCGUAAAGAUCUAUCAUUCAUAAGUUUAUUCGGUUUAGACUUCCUGAUAUCAUGUCUGCUGACAGCUUUUUCAGUGAAGGCAAUGAGGCUUUUGCUGAUGAUGAUUACAUAGAAGCCAUCAAGAAAUACACAUCAGCAAUUGAACAGAACGCCCAAAAUCCAAAGUAUUAUAACCAAAGAGCCAAUGCCUUUAUAAAAUUGGGAAAGUAUCAAGAUGCUCUUGCUGAUACAUCAUCUUCUAUAGAGUUGGAUGCAACAAAUGCAAAAGCUUUUCUUCGUAAGGGGAUUGCUCAUUUCCAUCUUAAAGAGUUCAUGAAUGCUAAGGAAGCCUUUAGAAUAUAUACAAGUCCUGUAGCUGUGCAACUUUUACAAUGUUACCUUACAGAUUCAGAAGAAACAAAAUCAUGGAUUUUAAAGUGUGAUGCAGAACUUCCAGAAAGAGCUGAAACAAACAAGACCACUGUCAAUUCAAAGACUAUAAAUGAACCAACUAAAGAAAAGCCUAAACCAGGAUAUGACUGGUAUCAAACAGAUUCACGUGUUGUCAUCAAUAUUCUAGUCAAGAACAGAACCUCAGACGACGUUAAAUGUGUUAUUGAAGAUACUUUUGUUUCAGUAUGCGUUAGACUCGAAGAUAAGAGUGAUUUUUCUCUGUCGCUUACCUUACCAAAUGCAGUCAUUCCCGCUCAAUCCAAGUAUAGAGUUUCAACUGCAAAGAUCGAAAUACAAUUAAAGAAAGCCGAGACAAUCAGAUGGUCAAGCCUUGAAAAAACGAGUGAGAUUCAUUUAAACCAAUUUCCAUUGACAACAGAAGACACUAAACAAAUUUCGGCGUCUUCGCACUCCUACCCUACGUCAAGUCAUGUACACCGCAAUUGGGACAAACUGGCCGCCGAUAUAGAAAAAGAAGAGCAGGAGGAGAAGUUGGAAGGUGAUGCAGCAUUAAAUCAAUUGUUUCAAAAGAUUUACGGUGACGGAAGUGAUGAAGUCAAGAGGGCAAUGAACAAGUCUUUUGUUGAGUCUGGUGGUACUGUACUAAGCACAAACUGGAGUGAAGUGGGAAAUAAGAAAGUUGAGUGUAAACCGCCGGAUGGUAUGCAGUUUAAGAAAUAUUAGUGAUAAAAGUCAAGAAAUACAAAAAGAAGAAAAGUUGCUGUUGUCAAGAACUUUGGUUACCUCUACUAGAUGCAUGGCUGUGCCCAAGUCAUUGGUUAAUUAACUCGCUUCAUACAGUUUUGUUAACAUAAACGAUUGUUCAUAUCUAACAAUGGCAUCAUAAAUAGUUUUGUUGGAAUAACCAAACAUUGAGCAUGAUUUACAUGAACAAUUUUUUAAAUGUUGUUUUCACUUUCUCUGCACCUAACUCUCCUCACUAUCGCAUUUUGUUCGCAGCAUGCCCACUAUGCCAGACCCUAAAAUACGAGUUAAAAAAAUUAAAGUUAAAAGUAUAUUACGGAUCAGCGUAGAUUUUUCGUCGUCAAUAGUUUUUGUCGUUGUUAUUUGGUAUUUAGAAUCGUGUGCGGAUGAGAUUUAAAACAAUUUUAAUUAACAGUAGCCGAAUUUAUGUUAAAAGACGGAUUUCCGUCUGAAACUCGCCUUGAUA